GUCAUUUUCAUGGAGUUGAUAUUGAAACACAAUUUCAAGCUGUGCUUUGUUUCUAAUAAUUAAUAUUGUUUUAUAAAUUAAGAGUGAAAAAAGUACAUUAUUGAUAAAAAGCUAUUUAAAUAAUAAUUUAUUAUUAUUAAUAGUUUGUUAUUUAUUAUUAGUUAUAAAUUAUAUAUUAAAGUUUUACAAAAUGCAUGUUGAAUUAGCGCCAGUUAGUUCUUCACCAUGUGUCACUUCAAACGUUUCUUUAAAUGGAGGUACUCAGAAUAAAAUGCAUAAGCUGUGUCGUCAGUUAUCUAUCGAAAGUCCUAGUGUGACUGGUCGAGAUUGCGUCUUUAGUUUUGAUGUCCCUGUACCAGAUGUACCAAUACAAGGUGCCAGAAUACGUGUGGUUUGUGCUGGUGCCUGUUAUCAUCCAAAACGAUCACCGAGUCUUUCAAGUUUAACAUCAGCAUCAAGUUCAAGUAGUCUGGCAACUGAGACAUCUAUUGAGAGUGAAUUUCCUGUAAUUCUACCUCAUUAUGGUGUUCGUGAUGCUGCAUUAUUCCCUGGUUAUGAAGUUGCUGGUAUAAUUGAGUCACUUGGAUCAGGAGUUGCGGAUGAUUGUAAAUUUUCUGUUGGUGACCGUGUAAUUUUGUAUCCAUUUGAGGGAAUACCUAAUGGAUAUGUUGAAUACCUUGUUGUCCCUGAUCUCAAGUAUCUCAUCAAAGUCCCUGAUAAUAUGUCGCUGAGUGUUGCUGCAAUGCUACCAGCUGGAGCAUUAUUAGCUAUGAACACUGUUUUUGCUGCUCACGAACACGUACAGCAACUGCUAAAAGAACGUCCAGAAGAUCAAGUUUGUAAGAUUCUUAUUGUUGGUACUGGAGGUCUUGCUCUGUGGACACUUAGAAUAGCUGCGUAUUACUUUAGUAACAUGCAAAAUAAAGUUAUGAUUACAGUAGCGUCAUUAAGAGACGAUGGAUUACUUAUGGCACAAGAAUUUCAGCAUGUCAAUGUAGUUGAGUGGAAUGAAGGACUUUACGAAAAGCAAUUAAUUGAACGUACUACAGAUGCCUGCCAAGGUCCAGUAGAUAUUGUAAUUGAUUAUGGUACAACUUCAAGAAGUCUUCAUCGUAGCAUGCAGUGUCUUACUAAAGGUGGUGUAGUUUUUGUAAUAAAAGAAGUAGCUGAUCGUCUUUUGCCUAAAUUUAGCAAACGCGCUGAAGAACGCGAACAAAAUAUAAAAUCUAUAGAACCAGGUGCUCUUGAACAACUCAGUGAGCUUGUACAAUUAGUUGCAACCGGUAAAAUUGAACCACCACCACAUACUGUUUAUCCUGCUGAAGAAGCAAUGGAUGUCGUACAAAAACUUUGUUCAUCGGAAAUCCAUGGUAGGGCAAUUCUUCGUUUUUAUCCCGCAGAUUAAAUAUUACAUAAGUAUGAAACACACUAAUAACUACAAAUUAUGAAAAAAGGAUAAAGAGAAAAGAUCGCAUAUUUAACUUUAAAAGUUUUAAUCCAUUUGAGAAAAUUUGAUUGAAAGUUAAAAGUUUGAGAAAUGCGUAAAUAUUUAAAAUGAAAUGAUAAGAAAAAUAUUAGAUUCGUGGUUUGAAAAGUAUUCGAAAAUUAUAUAUGAAAUCGCUUAUCGUCUGUUUUUAUAAAUUUUUAAUUCUGUCAUGAACGGUGAGAAUACUCAAUAUACAAUUAUAUACUUAUUUAAAUAAAUAUUUGAUAUAAACUUUGAUUAAAAUCUUUUUACUACAAAAUAAAUAAAUAUAUAAUUACUUAAUGAGGUAGUUUAACAUAAACUAUUUGAUAAAUGACUACCUAUAAAAGUUCGAUAGAUUUAUUGUGUGUAUGAGAAAAAUUUUAUACAAAACUAAUGGUCGGAAUGAUUAAAAAACAAACAAAUUUUUAAAUAUAAUUACAAGCGACAUUAUUAUUAUUUUUUUUAAAUUUUAAAUUCGCUUGAGAUUAUGGAAUAUUUAAAUUGAGGUAAAAGACUCAUUACUCGGUCACUUUUCAUUGAUGUAAGAUUGAACCAUUCAAUAUUUAGAAAUAUCAUUAAUUUUUUAAAUGAGCUCGUUGAGUGUACCCAUAGUCGCUCACUGAAAAUUGUGAUGAGCCAUUACGCGAUCAGCACAUGGCCCUAUACUCGUUUGAGAACAAUAUCAAUUGAACUAUGAUAAGUAUAUUGAUUAGGAAAGUAAUUUAUAAAAUAAAUUACUUGAUUUAAUUUUCAAAAAGUCGAAAAAUACAGUACACUCUAAUUAUAAGCAAUGUUUCUGUCUAUACUCUUACUUACAGGAAGAAAUGAAAUUGUCGUGAGAGUGAGUGGAACAUCCGAUGUAACUUAUAACCAGAGUCAUCAACUGUAUGUUGAAUAACACGAUACUGAAUUUAGCCGAUGUCUAAUAAUUUUUGGAUUUUUUUAAAACGAUAAAUUAUUUUAAAAAACGAUUCUCCAAAAAUUGCAUCUACAGCCUCCUUAAUUUUCUAUAGGUGCAUAUCUUUACUUGCUUUUUUUUUUGGUAAUUGGUUUGUUAAAAAAAAAAUCCGAGAAUUACUAAUUGUCUAUUAACUUCAGAAUAAUUGCGUGAUAUAAUUACAAGCGGCUGAGUGCGAUUUUUAAAACUGCGUUUUUAAUAAAAAUCAUGAAAACGCAUCUCUGGCGGAUCUGAAUCACGGUAAAUUACGGUCAUUACCGUAAUUUACAGUAUUCGGAAGAAUCACGGUAUUCUACGCUAAAAUACCGUAAUUUAUGGCGCUUUACGACAAAAGUACGAUAUCCCACAAAAAAGUACGGCAUUUUUACCGUAAAUUUACAGUAAGCCAACAGUAAUUCACCGUAAAAUUCCGGCAAGUCUGCGGUAUUUUACCGUAAAGUGAGGUUUUGCACUGUAGAAACGAUAAAAAAAAAACGUCCGGUACUUAAGGUAAAAAUGCCGCAAAUUACAGUAAAUAACCGUAUUUUGUCACAAUUACUGUAAAAUGCUGUAAACUGCAAAAAGUUGCCGUAUAAUUACCACAUUUAAAGUAAAUUACGGCAAAAUGCGGUAAAUUACCGUAAUUCGGAUCCACCGGGGAUUAAUCAGAUGAAGCGAGCGACUUAUGGUAUUGAUCAGGUUAAGAGUCUUUUAUCUCAUUACUUAUUACUGAUUGGGAUUUAAUCCUUUAAAUUAAUAAGUUAAAUAAAAUAAUUAAUAUUACACCAUUUUCAUUUAUAUAUAAUUAAUAAGAAAAUGUAAUUAGUGUAUAGUCGAUAAGAGGAUUAGAAAAAAACACUUAAGAUUAUGGGAUAGUUGUCAAAGUAUGCAAAAAGUAUUGCAUAACAAGUUCUUGAUAAUUAAGUCAGUAUUUUGCAGCCGUGUUUCGUUCUUAGGAUACAAAUAAACUAAUUGUAAGUAUUUAAUAUAAAGGUUAAAAGUUAGACAAUUGAAAUCACAUUUGAUUAAAACAUUUUUUUUUCAUUACAUAAGUUUUCAACUACUGAAAACUUUUUUUAUCCUAUUAAAAGAUGUUGCAUUAAAAUUGAUUUCGUCAUUUAAUUAAGUAUUAUACACAUACUAUUUUCGUUCAUGUAUAUAUUAUAUGUUUAAUAUUUUUACUUUUGAAAGACUGUUUGCUUGUAAUAUAAUUAUUAACAAAUUUUUUUUCAAAAUAAUUGUUAAAUGCCUUACGAGCACAAUAUCCAUUUGUAAUGGCUAGACUGUAUGUUAUCAACUGUAUUAUAAAAACGAUUACAAUAAAUAAGUUUAUUAAGAAUCUUAAAA